AUGCGCAGGGGACGCAGCGCGGCCACAGCUUCAACAGGGUCCAAAUCGAACAUGACCAACAAGCGCUCCGACCGGCCGACGCGGGACGCCGUGACACGGACCUUUCGCGACGUCGGCGCCGAGUGCAUCCUCAACACCAUGGCCGUCACGUUCCCCGACCAGAACCGGAUUGUGCCCUGCGACCCCUUUUGGUGCUUUAUUCCCACGGAGCAGGUGGCGUGCCACUCGGUCGACCGCGGCGCCGUGCUCGUCCACGAUGAUAAAGACGCCUGGCUGUUUAGUUGUAGGAAGCGAAGCGGUAAUAGGUAUUAG